ACGCUUUUCAAAACAAAUCAUUUACCUAACAAACAUGCCUGUGAAAGACAAGGCCUUGGAGUUACGACCUUUGUUCGCCCAAUUGGGCCUUCUAGGCCACACGGAUGGCUCCGUGAUGUUCAGCCUGGGUCAAACCGCCGUGAUUUGUGGCGUGUACGGGCCCGCAGAGGUCAAGCCCCACAAAGAGAGGUUAGAAGGCGCCACGGUAGAAAUCAGCCUUCGGCCUCCGUCAGGACCUACCGGUUUACAAGAAAAGGCCAAAGAAGCCGUGCUCAAAGGCUUGGUGGAGAGCUCCAUCUUGGGCUCACUGCACCCCCGAACCUCGGUCUUUGUGUCCUUGCAGCCUUUGGACAUGGAUGGAGGGGAAUUGGCUGCUGCCGUGAAUGCCACUUGUCUGGCCUUGAUGGAUUGCUCCAUCAGUAUGAGAUGUCUGUUUGCGUCGGUGGAAGUGACCAGAACGGAAGAUGGCAUCAUUUUAUUGGACCCAAGUCAGAAGCAAGCGACCAAGGCCGUGGCCAAGGCCACUUUUGUCUUUGAAAGUGUCAACCAGGACGUUUUGGCCUCGCAUUUAGAGGGCCGCUGGUCAGAAAAGGCUUUUCAAGCCGGGUUACAAGCCGCUUUGGAUGGAUCAAAGGCCAUUUUCCAGUUCUACCGAGAGACAGUGAAACGAAAAUUCUCCAAGGAAUUAAUGAUGAAAUAAAUACCCGCUUCAGUACGAAAGAUAUGUUUCAAAGCUUAAUUUAAUUCAUCCACCUCCAUCUUUGAUUCUGCUUGCAGA